AUGCCCGGCGCCUCCUCCUCCGCCUGCUCCUCCCCCGCCUCGGCAAAGAACACCGCCCGGCCUAACCGCGCCUUCCCGCACCUCAGCCCGACCGACACGCCCACGCUCAAGGACGUUGCGCGGCUCAUCAAGGACGGCAAGGCCAAGCGCGUCAUCGUCAUGGCCGGCGCGGGCAUCUCGACGGCGGCCGGCAUCCCCGACUUUCGCUCGCCAGGCACCGGCCUGUACGACAACCUGCAGCGCUACGACCUGCCCUAUCCCGAGGCCAUUUUCGACCUCGACUUUCUCGAAGAGCGGCCCGAGGCGUUCUACACGCUCGCCAAGGAGCUUUACCCGGGCAACUUCAAGCCGACGACGAGCCACUACUUCUUCCGCCUCCUCCAGGACAAAGGGCUGCUUCAUGGCUGCUGGACCCAGAACGUCGAUACGCUCGAGCGGGCCACCAACAUCAAGGACGGCCUGAUCGUCGAGGCGCACGGCUCGUUCGCGAGCGCGACGUGCACGCACUGCAAGAAGCCGUACACCAAGGAGGAGAUCAAGCCGGCCAUCAUGCGCGGCGAGGUCGUACGGUGCGCCGAGAAGCCGUGCAAGGGCCGCCGCGACGCUCUCGUCAAGCCCGACAUUGUCUUCUUUGGGGAGGGUCUUCCCGAGCAGUUCUUCUCGCGCAUGCACCACUUCUCCUCGUGCGACCUCCUCUUGGUUCUCGGCACCUCGCUGUCGGUCGGCCCGUUCAACUCGCUCGUGCACCGCGUCCCCUCGACGUGCCCUCGCGUCCUCAUCAACCUCGAGUCGGUCGGCGAGGCCGAGCGCCCGGGCGCGCAGGGGUUCGAGUUUGAGCGCGACGGCGCGAGGGACGUGCGGUGGCUGGGCGAGGCGGACCGGGGCGUCGAGGAGCUGUGCGACUUGCUCGGUUGGCGCGACGAGCUGAGGAGGCUUAAGGAGGAAGGGUGGAGGGAGCUCGAUGCGGCCGAGGGCAAGGGCGUGCGAGAGGAGAAGGAGGAGGGAAAGGGCGCCGAGGAGAAGCGCGAGGAGGUCGUCGAGCGAGUGGGCGAAGCCGCAGGCGAGAAGGAGCCGAGCGAGGAGGUCUCGAACGACUCGAAGGAGGUAGAUGCGCUCGCGCAAGCGGUCGAGGGAGUCUCGCUCGAGGCGCAGGAGGACGUCGAUGAGGACCAGACCUCGACGAAGCUGUAGCUCUGCCUCUCUCUCUUUCGGUCCCUGUAUCGCACUUUCCCUCAGCCCU